AUGUUAUCAUUUCUCCAUUAUCACCUAGCAAUGACUCUGCUUAAGCCCAAUCACGUCUUCCUAAGAGCACCCUUCCUGUUCAUCUUUUACUUACUCAUGCUCCCAUCUCUGCACUGCAAAUAUGAUCCCAAAUACAAGCUGUGCAACCAACCUUUCAAAUGUGGUAACCUCACAAACAUAUCCUACCCUUUUUGGGGAGGACCCAAUCGUCCCCAAGAGUGUGGUCGCUUAGGCUUCGAGCUCACCCACUGCGAAGACGAAACUCAACUCCCUCGCAUAAAAAUCGAGGACCUAGAUUUCCAUGUCUCCAACAUCAACAGCCAAGAGCUUCUGCACACCAUGAACAUAGCUCGUUCCGACCUUUGGGAUAGUCCUUGUACUGAUUACCUCCACAACACCACUCUCGACUACGAUCGUUUCUCUUAUGUCCAAACUGUUCGUAACCUCACCUUGUACUACGACUGCCCCCCGGCACUCCAUCCAUCCAUCCCCAACAAUUUCACUUGCAAAAUAAACGGCACAUCCAAUGAUCUUGCAUACUACCUGGACGAUUCUCUUUCAAGGAUUAAUGUUCCGGAAAAACCUUCAUGUUUUAUCGAAAUCCGUGUCCCAAUGUUUUGGGAGGGUUUUGAUGUAAUGCCUGGGAAUGGAACGGCAAAAGUGGAAAGGGUUUUGAGACAAGGGUUUCAGGUCGAGUAUAGUGCGCAAUGGGAUCUCUGUAGGCUAUGCUCAAAUUCCAACGGCAGCUGUGUAUCCAACGCAACGGAUGAUUCGUUUCUCUGCCUUUGUCGGGAUGGAGUCUUCAAUCCUAAAUAUUGUCCAAUUGAUCAUGACUCCAAGUUUAACAUGAAGUGGAAGAUUAUAGUAGGUGUACUUUCUGUGGUAUUUACAAUCUUAUCAAUGUCUACUGUCUUCUAUCUUUGGUCAUCUCAUCGUGCUUCAGUGAAUGAGGAAUCAAAGAAUGAAGAUGUCGAGGCCUUCAUUCAAAAUAUUGGACCUCUUGCAGUAAAAAGAUACAAGUUUUCGGCUGUAAUAAAAAUCACCAACUCAUUUAAAGAUAAAUUGGGCCAAGGUGGUUAUGGUGAUGUUUAUAAAGGUCACCUACUUGAUGGUUUUCCUGUAGCAGUGAAGGUUCUUAAAGAAUCCAAAGGAUUUGAGGACUUUGUUAAUGAGGUUGCAAGCAUUAGUAGAACUUCCCAUGUUAAUGUUGUCACUCUUUUGGGGUAUUGCUUUGAAGGUAAGAAAAAGGCGCUCAUAUAUGAAUUCAUGCCCAAUGGAUCACUUGAGAAGUUCGUCUACAUAGACAGUAAUCAACUGACCACUCCACAUUUGGAAUUGGAAAAGCUCUUCCAAAUUGCUAUCGGCAUAGCUCGAGGGCUUGAGUACUUGCACCGUGGCUGCAACACACGAAUCUUGCACUUUGACAUUAAACCACAUAAUAUUCUUUUGGAUGAAAAUUUUUGCCCAAAGAUUUCUGACUUUGGUCUUUCCAAACUUUGUACAAGGAAGGAGAGUAUUAUAUCAAUGUUGGAUGCUAGAGGGACAAUAGGGUAUAUUGCUCCUGAAGUAUUCUCCAGAAACUUUGGAAGAGUGUCUGCCAAGUCAGAUGUCUAUAGUUAUGGGAUGAUGAUUCUGGAGAUGGUUGGUGGAAGAAAGAACAUUGAUGCUCGUGUGAGCCACACGAGUGAAAUUUAUUUUCCAGAUUGGGUUCAUGAGCAACUUGAGCAGGACAGCGAUUUGGGGUUGGUCAAUGCAGUGAGCGAUGAGGAAAAGGAAAUGGCAAGGAGGAUGGUCUUAGUGGGACUAUGGAGCAUACAGACAAGGCCAUCUGAUAGGCCAUCCAUGAGUAAAGUGAUUGAAAUGUUGGAAGGAAGCAUUGAAGCCUUGCAAAUACCACCAAAGCCUGUCCUAUAUUCUCCUGUAAGAUCAUUACCACCAGACUCUUCCACUUUAUCAACCUUAGGUUGACUCUUUUUGAACAUUAAUUGCUUCAUGUAUACGAAUUGAAAGUCACUACCUUGUUACUCUUAAGAGCAUUUGAGUACUAGUCUUUUCUCUGUAUAUUCUUUUCAGAGCUCUUAUGUUGGCUUGCACUUGUGUGGUUCAUAUGGGAAGUGAAGUAAUGUACUUGCAUAAUCACAAAUCAUCUACUGUACAAGGCCCUAUAGAACAUACAAGUGUCUGCUCUGAUAUUACUAAUUGAAAAU